AUGUGGGAUAUCGAAAAGACAAAGCGUCACUCCGAUCGUCUGCUAGCAUUGUCUGAACUAGCGUGCUCUACCAAUAAGCUGGAGAAGACUGCAUAUGGUGUACCGAUGCUAGAGCCGUCCAAAGGUCCGGAGCUCACAUCAGAUCCAUUGAUUCUGUUGUAUUAUCAGAACUUUCACCAUGCCCAUCCCAUUCUUCUCCCUCAACAGGCUCUUAGUGGUCCUCUCCGUCACUACAUUCCGUCAUAUGUGUUGACGGUGAUGCGGUAUAUUGGAGCGCACUAUCAUCGCGAUCCUUCUGUACAGGCGCCCCUCAAAGAGACUGCCUGGGAGGUGGUGUCCGAUGCGGCAGCACCACGAAAUGGCUUCCAGGUGCAGUGUAUGCUGUUGCUGGCCAUUACAGCCCAUGCUCACGGUGAAGAUGAACGGGCCCAUCAGAUCGUGCAGUCCGCCGUCGAUCUAGCCCUCGACUUGGGCAUGCAUCGUGCAUCGUUUGCGGUGGAGAACUCCCUGCAGAACCCCUUGGUGGAGGAGAUGUGGCGCCGGACGUAUUGGGAGCUGUAUGUGGUGGAUGGUCUGCUGAGCGCCCUUCGAGAGCAGAACUCGUUCUCUCUGUACGAUGUGAAAUCCGAUCUGGCUUUACCUUGUGAUGAGCUUGUUUAUGACAGGGCUGAAUUCAUCCCCCGUGGUUAUACUCUUGAGGAGUUCAUGGAGAACAGGCGGCAACAUAACCUGUCCUCUUUUGCCUACCGUGUCGAUGCUGUCCGGCUCAUGGGAGCCGUCCUGGCUCACGGCCCACCAUCCGGACCGGAAGAUGAAUUCGAGGCGCUGAAUAAUGCUCUGACAGAAUGGUUUUUGCACCUCCCAUCUUCGGAGAACGAUACCAUUGCGGACAGUGGCCGGUUUGACGAGAUGUUCUUCCAGGCCCAGAUGAUUGUCUAUUCAGCGAUAAUAAACCUCCAUCGACCACGUUCGAGCCUAAAGCAGGUGGUACAUUGGGGCUCUCACAUGUCGUGUCGUCAAGAUCCCGCCCGUUUGGAGUUCUCAUCAUUCGAUCUCCUUGAUCCCUCUACGAAAAAGAUAAUCCGGGCCGCGGAUUCUCUUUCCAAUUUACUGACUCUACCCGGUCCGAUUAAGCGUCACAGCCCCUUCCUCAUCAAUGGCCUCUUGAUGGGCGUGCUGGUGCAUACGGCGGCAGCUUUGUCGUCAAGCAAGCAGUCUGAUGAGUCGUUCAAGGUGCGCGUUGAGCUCGCGGGAUGCGAAACACCAAGUGUUGAAGAUGUAUCGCGAGGUGGUGCAGAGGUUACGCUAGGAGACAGCGGAAGACAGGCAGAGAAAGCGACGAUGGUGCAAUACUGCCAAGAGGGAAGUACCUACUCGUCUCAUGAAGAUGCGUGCCCAGGCCGUCGGGAUAGCUCCGUCCGUCGUCCAGAUGUUCCGCGACCACGCGGAUCUGAUCCGGGAGGCUCGAUCUCGUUAUGCCCAAAAACGGCACUAUCUCUCUUACUGGGUGAAAGGGUCGAUCGAAGACAGCCAGAAUGGGCUGAGCUGGCUGCAUUUGUGCUAUUCUGCAAUAAUUCUGAUUACAUGUCUAUACUUCCUGCAGUUACUAUGGGUAUAGCAUCGGUCUAUGUUCAUGAAGACAAAGAAUCGACCGCUCCAGGCGACGAUCAUGGCCGGCAUUCAACAAUAACGACGCUACGCAGGUUUCUUACCGAAGAUAUCUGCGAGGACUGGGUGCUCGAGGCCGAACUGCUCGCGUUGUCCUUUGCUACCGGCAUCCAGGACGCCGCCUCGUAUCCGGACUACCGCUGCUUCGCCGCCAACCAGACGGGCAACACGAUCUUCAUGGCCAUCAGUGUGGCGGGGCUCUCCGGGGGCGUGUACAGUUUCCCGAACAUUAUCACCAGCCUGGUCCUGUUUAUCGGCGGGGGCCUGGUCCUGGGCCAGAUGGGCAACUACUUCGGCGUGCGGAAACGCAUCUGGUUGGUUACGAGCAACGUCCUCCAGACGGUGCUGGUCUUGGCCGCGACGAUCAUCCAGUACGUGUCGCCCAUCCAGCGCGACGGCGCCGCGGCGAUGGCCGUUCUGGGCCUGCUGGCAUUUUCGUCCGGAGGCCAGGUCGCCAUGUCGCGGGCGCUGAAGAUCACGGAGAUCACGACGGCCAUGGCGACGGCGGCGUACAUCGACGUGGUGUGUGAUCCGGCGCUGCUGAAGGCCCGCAACCGCUCGAGGAACCGGCGCGUCGGGUUUCUGGUGUGUCUUACGGCGGGGUGCUACGCAGGCGCGUUUGCGUUGGACGUCAAUUCGCCGUUUGCGCUGUUGCUGUGUGUGAUUGUGAAGGCGGGGGUGACGGCGGCGUUUUUCUUCAAUAGGGCUCUGCCGGGGGAUCAUGGCGAAGCGGCUACUCCCUAG